AUGGGUUCUACGAAUCAGCCUACAAAUAGAUAUCUCUUCUCAAGUAUGGCGAAAGGAACUGCACUAAGUCAGAAGAAGCGGUUUACAACAGCACGCCGUCGACACCAACGAGCUUUUCGCUUUAUGUUGAUGCUCGUCCUGGUAAUGUUUUGGUUGGAAAAAGUGAUAAUCGUACAACCUACGGCAGCAGCAACAUCAACGCCGACGGCAACACCGACACCUUCGCCUACGCCAACUGCGACACCAACGCCUACGCCUACACCGACACCGACACCGACACCGACGGCAACAAAAACGCCUACACCGACGGCAACACCGACACCGACACCGACACCGACGGCAACAAAAACGCCUACACCGACGGCAACACCGACACCGACACCGACACCGACACCGACACCGACGGCAACAAAAACGCCUACACCGACGGCAACACCAACACCUACGCCUACGCCAACUGCAACACCGACACCAACACCGACGGCAACACCAACACCAACGCAUACACCGACGGCAACGCCAACGCCUACACCGACAGCAACACCAACACCUACGCCUACGCCAACUGCAACACCGACACCGACACCAACACCAACGCAUACACCGACGGCAACACCAACACCUACGCCUACGGCAACUGCAACACCGACACCGACACCGACGGCAACUGCAACACCGACACCGACACCGACGGCAACACCAACACCUACGCCUACGCCAACUGCAACACCGACACCAACACCAACACCAACGCAUACACCGACGGCAACACCAACGCCUACACCGACGGCAACACCAACACCUACGCCUACGGCAACUGCAACACCGACACCGACACCGACGGCAACUGCAACACCGACACCGACACCGACGGCAACACCAACACCUACGCCUACGCCUACGCCAACUGCGACACCGACACCGACACCAACGCCUACGCCAACUGCAACGCCGACACCAACACCUACGCCAACUGCGACACCAACGCCUACGCCAACUGCAACGCCGACACCUACACCGACACCUACACCAACUGCAACACCAACGCCUACGCCUACGGCAACCGCGACACCGACACCAACACCUACGCCUACGCCAACAGCAACACCGACACCAACGCCUACGCCAACUGCGACACCAACGCCUACGCCUACGCCUACGCCGACUGCAACUCCGACGCCAACACCAACUGCGACACCAACUGCAACACCGACACCGACGGCAACACCAACUGCAACACCGACACCGACACCGACACCGACACCGACACCAACGCCAACUGCGACACCAACGCCUACGCCUACGCCAACUGCGACACCGACACCGACACCAACGCCUACGCCAACUGCAACGCCGACACCAACACCUACGCCAACUGCGACACCAACGCCUACGCCAACUGCAACGCCGACACCUACACCGACACCUACACCAACUGCAACACCAACGCCUACGCCUACGGCAACCGCGACACCGACACCAACAUCUACGCCAACGCCUACGCCAACUGCAACACCAACGCCAACUGCGACACCAACGCCUACGCCUACGCCUACGCCGACGGCAACACCAACUGCGACACCAACUGCAACACCGACUGCAACUCCGACGCCUACGCCAACUGCAACACCGACACCGACACCGACACCGACACCGACACCGACACCGACACCGACACCAACGCCUACGCCAACUGCAACCCCGACACCGACGCCGACACCAACACCAACGCCAACUGCGACACCAACGCCUACGCCUACGCCAACUGCAACACCGACACCAACGCCUACGCCAACUGCGACACCAACGCCUACGCCUACGCCUACGCCGACUGCAACUCCGACGCCAACACCAACUGCGACACCAACUGCAACACCGACACCGACGGCAACACCAACUGCCACACCGACACCGACACCGACACCGACACCGACACCGACACCAACGCCAACUGCGACACCAACGCCUACGCCUACGCCAACUGCGACACCGACACCGACACCAACGCCUACGCCAACUGCAACGCCGACACCAACACCUACGCCAACUGCGACACCAACGCCUACGCCAACUGCAACGCCGACACCUACACCGACACCUACACCAACUGCAACACCAACGCCUACGCCUACGGCAACCGCGACACCGACACCAACAUCUACGCCAACGCCUACGCCAACUGCAACACCAACGCCAACUGUGACACCAACGCCUACGCCUACGCCUACGCCGACGGCAACACCAACUGCGACACCAACUGCAACACCGACUGCAACUCCGACGCCUACGCCAACUGCAACACCGACACCGACACCGACACCGACACCGACACCAACGCCAACUGCGACACCAACGCCUACGCCUACGCCAACUGCGACACCGACACCGACACCAACGCCUACGCCAACUGCGACACCGACACCGACACCAACGCCUACGCCAACUGCAACGCCGACACCAACACCUACGCCAACUGCAACGCCGACACCUACACCGACACCUACACCGACUGCAACACCAACGCCUACGCCUACGGCAACCGCGACACCUACACCGACACCUACACCAACUGCACACCACGCCUACGCCUACGACAACCGCGACACCGACACCUACACCGACGCCAACACCAACUGCGACACCGACACCACGCCAACUGCGACACCUACACCAACACCUACGCCGACGGCAACACCGUCACCUACGCCUACCCCGGCAAUAGCCGGUGUUGCAUUCUCUGCGGUGGUCAGUGUGGUGAACAAGACCGUGUGUGUUGAUGUUGCGGUCGUUCUCCAGGAUAACUUAGAAACCAAGCUGAAUGGAACUGGAGCGAACGUCACUGUGUCGGAUAACUGCGAUAGUAUCUUCGUGUCCAUAGCCUCGCGGUUCGCCGACUGGUACGAGAGAAGCAGCCUCGACGUUCAACGUGUAUUCAGCGCAACAUCAGCAGUGAAUGCAAGCUACAAUAUCUCUAUCUUAGCACCUACCGCGCUCGUAUCCAACGUGACGAAGAUCUCUACCAAUUUUACAAGUAGCGUUCCAAGUAUCCUGCCAAGUGGAGCGAGUCACGUGGCGAUCUCGACUCCGAAAGUUGUGCCAACACCCACACCCACACCUACACCGACACCGACACCAACACCGACAACUUCAGCAACGCCUACGCCUACCGUCUCAGUGACGCCUUCACCGACAGCAAAUGUUACACAGGUUUCUGUGGGUGGCGGCGCUGCGGUCUGCUUCCCAGCGGGUGCUUCGGUGCUUAUUGAUGGUCUUGGCAAGACGCGGCGGAUAAGCGAAUUGCGCCCGGGUAUGACCGUAAUCGGCGUCGAUUCACGUGGGCGACUGGUCGAGGACACAGUUCUGGGGUGGUUGCACAAAGAGACUCGCGCCACAGCAGAAAUCCUAUUGAUCAAGACGCGUUCGGGGAAGGAGCUGCGCUUGACGAGGCAGCAUCUGGUGUACCGGAUGAACGAGAACCCGAGAGUCCCGGGCCGCAAAAUGACAGCUGUGUCGAGUCUUUCACAUGAGAAAGAGCAGCACAUACAGAAGAUCCUCGAACUGGAGACGUCUGUAGGUGAAGCGGUUUUCGCAGAAGAUAUCCGCAUAGGCGACGCCUUAUUCGACAUUGCUGCGCACCUGCCGGACCCCGUGGUGGCAAUUGACACUCUCGUUACGAGUGAUGGCCUCUAUGCGCCGCUGACGCGCUCAGGGCACCUUGUGGUAGACGGAAUUCUUGUUAGUUGCUACGGGACCUAUGCAUCGCACACUGUGGCACAUGCUGUAUUGUGGCCUGCGCGGGUUGAACUUUUGCGCAAGAUAUGGGGAUCAGCGCUCGGCUCUGACAGCACGGAAGGUAUCAUGCCAUAUGCAGAAGGACUGUACCGCGUAUGGACAAGUGCAGCACGUAUUCUGAAAGAUAGUCGCGUGAAUGCUAUAGCUGUUGCCUGCUAA